GGGAGAGCGAGAGUGGAGUUGUGUCCCAUAUGUGAAAAAAAAGCAUAGCAGUGCACACCAGGUCCGGUCUGCUCUAGGGAUUAUCGUAGCGCUCUCAGCUCUGAUGGAGGACACGCAGGCAUGAAUAGGGCUUUUCUGUUGUCAGUGCGAGCUCAUGCUUGUGAUGGACUACGGCUGGAUGGACGCUAACCUUAGCUGGCUCUCACAAAACAGCAUUCCUCCUUAUUGAGACCAGCUCCACAGAAUGCUGAGUCCUAUUGUUCCCUAUAGCCUGUUAAAGAUGCACUGGAACCCAGAGCAUGCCCAGCCUCUCAGCCAGUGGCCUGAGCAGCACCUGGACGUCUCCUCCACCACCUCCUCUCCGGCCCAUAAGUCGGAAUUCUACUCUGGCAGAAGCCGCGGCUCGUACAACUACGCUUGGGCCAAUGAUGACAUCUCUGCUCUGACAGCCUCAAACCUGUUAAAGCGCUAUGCUGAGAAGUAUUCUGGGGUUCUGGACUCACCCUAUGACCGGCCACCUACUGUGGGUGCCUAUCCAGAGCCAGGGACCUUUGGAGGCCUCAAUGGCCCAAAAACUGAGUUAGAGCCCUGGCCGCUGACCCACAGCACUGAUGCCUCCUAUUCCCUGGUGCCCCCUGGAGGACAUGACAGUCUCUCAGGCUCUAAGGCUGUAGCCACAUCUGCAGGCCCUCCGGGUGUCAGCAGUGUGUCAGUGGUGAACAGUAACCUCUCAGACUCAGGCUACAGUGGCAGCAGCUCCUGCAGCGGCUCCAGCGAGUACCCCUCCAACUACAAUGGCACCUAUCUCUCCUCAGGGUACUGUCCCCAACCCAGCGCAGCACUUCCCCCUGCCUCCCUCCAUACUCUUCAAUCUACUCCCACUUUGGUGGCUAGCUACAGCCCGACCACACCUGUGUAUAACUAUCCCCCUAGCACAUACCCCCCUCAGACCAGCCUUGCCCCUAGUUACAGCCACCCCUCUGCCACUUACCUGCCCUCAGGUCUUGCAGCCCCUACUCCUGUCCCAUCAAGACCCACAGCGGUAGGAGGCAGCUACAGUUACCAGAGCACCAACCUUGGGACAUCUGAGUCAGGUGGGACAUUAAAAAGAAAAGCCUUUGAGAUGAGUGUAGAAGAGGAUGAGAGUGGAGAUAGGUCCCGUUACAGGAAGUACAGCUAUGACCCCCUGAAAGCUGAGGGAAACUCCCCCUACAGUGUCAAUGACAAAACAGAGUGCCGGGGAAAUGGCUUUAGUAGCUCAGGUAGCACAGACCCUCAAAGUUUCAAGCCAAGUAAGCCCUCUUCCCAACCCCUUGUGUCUCCUCAGUAUGGGACAGCAGGGGAGUACAGCCCUCAGGCAGGAAUGACGGGGGAAAAUGUGGUAUCAGAGCAGGGCUUCAUCCAACACAAGCGUCCCCCUUUAUGUGCUCCGACUGUCGAGUCUAUGAAGAGCCCAGACCCCCGACUGUUGGAACUUGUCAAUGGGGAGUUACUGGACUGUAGCCCCGCACUGGGCUGGACAGAGUUGGCCGGGCUCACCCAUGUCAAGACUGCCUUGGAGGAGGACCUCCUAUGGCCUGUGUUGAGGCCCAGUCCAGUGGUACGGCCACCAAGAACUGUCCUGCUUUUUGGCCCAAGGGGAGGCGGUAAGACCACGUUGACUCGGUCUUUGGCUUCACAGCUAGGGGCCUCAUUCUACCGACUGAGUGGAGCCAUGCUGGCAUCUAAAGGGAAGGUGGAGGCAGAGCACAUUCUGGGUUCUCUUUUGCAAGCUGCAGGGGCACGGCAGCCCUCAGUGGUGCUGCUCAACCAGGUGGAGGCAUUGGAAGAGGAGGGGCUGAGGCAGACCCUGCUGUCAACCCUCGAGAAGGCCCAGGUUGGUACCACAGGUCUGGUGAUUCUUGUUUGUGCCACAGGCAGGCCUGAUCUGCUGCAAGAUGCUGUUCAUCGGAGCUUUGCCAAGCGAUAUCAUGUCGGCUUGCCAGAUUUAGGUAUGCGCAGGCAGGUGCUGCUGCAGGCACUGUCACCGCAGAGCUUCAGCCUGAGUGAGAGGGAGCUGAAUGCUGUGCUGCAGCGCACAGAGGGCUUCUCAGUGUGGGAGCUGCUUCAGCUCAGCCAGCAGGCACUCUCCUCAGCCUCCUCGGCCACUGGGCCCAUGCACGGCCUCCCCACAUCCGCUAAACCCCCCGCCUUCACAGACUUUGAGAAUGCCUUCUGCAAGGUUCGCCCACACACUGCAACAAAAGAACUGGACUCUUGUACAGAAUGGAGCAAGAUAUAUAACCACUGAGAAAGUAGCCAGUCCUUGUCGUUGGACUGCAUUACAACCCUGUCUUUGCUUUGACAUGGCAAGCCUUGGAAUUGUUUUGUUGUUGUUUUGUAAUUACAGAUUAUGCAGCCAAAAGAGCUAGAGAAGCUAAAUGAUAUGAACAGACUGACAGAUUUGUUUUAUUGGCAGAAGCCUGCCAUGUGCAGGCUUUGUUUUCCUAUGAAUAUCUGCAAUAUUUCGUUUUUCCCAAAGAAGAAAAAGAUGAAAAGGCCUUGUUGAGUGUAGUGGUGUAUUACUCUUAUGGCCAAUGGGAAAAUCAGAUUCUAUUUGGAUGCUCUCUGAGAUCCUGAUUAGCCUUGGUCCAGGACAAAAUCAAUUAUUUGUUGCUAGGUGACGUGGUCCAAGAUUAUGGAUAAUCAGGGUUUGGAAAUCCCCCCCCCCUUUGACUGCUUCUCUCAGGAUCCUAUUUAUUGCCAAUCUACUUCCAUGUUCUCCUAAUGUUGAUUUUCUUUAGUCAUUGGAUUGCCACUGAGUCAGUAUGAAGGGCUUGGGAUCAGCAAAAUUUCAGAACCACAGUUUU